AUGUCUCCCUCCAGACUGGAGCUCCGUUUGGCUGCCUGUUUACUAAACAUUUCAGAAGCCAGAAGAAAACGCAUUGUUGAGAACAUAGUAAAAGCAACUCUUCUUGGAAAAAAUGGUAAAAAACAUCCUGAACUAUCAGUGCUCAAUAUAUUUUCUGAUCAAGACUAUAGCAGAUCCGUUAUUCCAAUAGCAGCUUCUUUCUUUACAUAUAUAAUUUUACCUUUUUAAGGGAAUACUAUUCUGACUGCCUGAGUGAAGACCUUUCAGUCUGUCAAUACAGAGAUUCGGGAGGGAAUCCACCCUUGCUUGGGAGUGGACCUGAUUCCCGUGUAUCUGCUCACUGAUGUUGGAAUGGGAGAGUGUGGAGCUGUGGCCAGAAGCCUUGCUGAGGAUCUGGUCCUGCACAUUCCUGGCUACAGCGUGUUUCAGUCCAGUGAGGCUGACCUGCCUGAGAUGUGCACUCUGACCUGCCUGGGCCUAUUCACAAGGAGGGAUUUCAGUGCGCUUGAACCUCACCUGGGAGCUGCACCUGCCCGAAGAUGUGGUUUAAUAGGUUCUCAGUAA